GAAAUGAAAUCUUUAAAUAUAAAGAAACAAGAGUCCGCAGGGCGCUUCUCAGAAAGAACAGACUGUUAUAUCAAACUUGGAAACGUGUAGGCGGCCAUUCUUGACUGCCCUGCAAAUAUUCAACCUUGCUGAGUUACGUGGUUGAAUGGGAUACGAGUUUUCUUGUGUUACAGAACGAAAUUACUGAAAACAGUUGGGUAAGCAGCAUUUUAUUAUUGAAGUUAGGCGCUCAUGGGUCAGGCAGAGAGUAUUGUUAUUACCAUUGGCAACUAGAAACGAAUGAGAAUGAGAAGGGUGUCGAAAUUGAGUAGAGAAAGAGAACAGUGAACGUACUACUUAACAAUGGACAAUGUUAAUAACAAAUCGUCCCUUCCUACUUCGAUGGAUGCCUUGGUUGCAGAAGCUACAGCUAAGGGUAACGAUAAGGAGAACGAGUCUUUAGAAGUGAUAGCUCAAGAAGCAUUGGAAUGUCCUUGUCUUGCUGAUUUACGAGAUGGUCCUUGUGGAGGGACAUUCUCUGAAUCCUUCAAAUGUUACAUCAAAAGUUCUGCAGCAGAAAAGGGCUCAGACUGUGUCAAGGAAUUUAUAGCCUUACAAGAAUGUAUUGAGGCAAAUCAAGACAUGUUUGCCAAAUAUUACGUGGAUGAUAAAGAUAGUACAGAUGGACACAAUUCUCAGCAAGAGGAAAAAACUAGCUCUUCCUAGAAGAUGGAGAUAGUAAUUGAGAGGCUAACAUAACCCUCAAAGUCUCCACAAGAAGUCAUUUGACAUUCUUCUUUGCAUGAGCACUUACAUCAUAACCCUACUAGUCUUUGAGGAACUAACCAUUGUUCUCUACAAUAUUUUUUGUUGUGCAGCUAAUACCACUCGUCAAACCGAAGUGAUGUUGGCUGAAUAAACAACUAAAAUUCAAUUAUUGUUAUUAACCCUUGUAAAUCAAUUUGAAGAUUUUCAAAUUUAAUAUUCUGAAUUUUAUCA